GAAAACUAAGAAGAGCCUUCCAUGAAGCCUGGAAAAAGUGAAUCUGCUGCCUCUGUCUAUCUGAUCUUCAUUAGCACAGACGGGCAUCAGUAUUCCAUUCAGCAACCAUGGCGGAGAAAGCGUCCACCUGACCUCUUGGGCCCUCAACAAAGAUGGCUACCACACUUCCUUCCCCUGCCCUCCACAAAGAUGGCUACAGCACUUCCUGUCCAGGGCUUUUGCCUGCAACAAAGAUGGUGUUUGUGGUACAGGUUCCCUGACAGUCUGGAUUCCGGUUGUAGUCUUUUAUUUAUUUAUUUUUUUUAAAGGUACGUGGUCGCAGACGGAAGAAAUGGAUGCCAGGGACAGGCAAGUGCUCCGCUCUCUGCGUCUGGAGCUGGGCGCAGAGGUACUGGUGGAGGGGCUGGUUCUUCAGUACCUCUACCAGGAAGGGGUUUUGACGGAAAACCAUGUUCAAGAAAUCAAAGCUCAAACCACAGGCCUCCGGAAGACAAUGCUGCUGCUGGAUAUCCUGCCUUCCAGGGGCCCUAAAGCCUUCGAUACCUUCCUUGAUUCCCUCCAGGAAUUUCCCUGGGUAAGAGAGAAGCUGGAGAAGGCCAGGGAGGAAGCCCCCACGGAGCUGCCUACAGAUUUAUUCAGAGAGCAAGAGAGAAUUAAGAUAUCGUCAACAAAUUAUAAAAGUGACUGGACGGCUGGAAUCCCUUCCCACGUCCUCAACAGCUCCCCAUCAGACCGGCAGAUCAACCAGCUGGCCCAGAAGCUUGGCCCCGAGUGGGAGCCCAUGGUGCUGUCCCUGGGGCUGUCCCAGACCGACAUCUACCGCUGCAAGGCCAACCACCCCCACAACGUGCAGUCCCAGGUGGUGGAGGCAUUCGUCCGCUGGCGCCAGCGCUACGGGAAGCAGGCCACCUUCCUGAAUUUGCACAAGAGCCUCCAGGCCGUGGAGGCAGAUCCCUCACUGCUCCAGCACAUGCUGGAGUGAUCCUAACCCCCUACCCCACCUCACCCCCACCCCCACCCCUGCGUGCGCCACUUGCUGGGGUGUGGGUCCCCAAGUCACACAGGCUGAACCGGACUUUCACUCGGCAAGUGGCUUUGUUCUGGGUGGGUUUUUUUUUUUUUUUUUUUUUUUUUCUUUUCUUUUCAGUGAGCCUUAGCUGGAAGGGGAACACCUGGAUUCGACUGGCUCAAUAAUCCAACAGCUUUAAUUGCUUGGAGAUUGCAUUGUUGUAACUGCAGUUUUGAACUCCGUGGUUGCCUUUUAACAGAGGUCCAGAAGAAAACAAACCAAAAAAAAAAAAAAAAAAAAAAUGCGACCACAUUGCAUGCAGGUGUCCUGCGUACAAAGCAUCUACUCUUCCGUUGCCUGGAAACUGGACUGUGGACUUAGCCCUUCAGAAUGAUGAUGAUAAUAAAAAGUGAAUUGUGUUGUA